AUGGAGGAAGAAGUGGAGAAUAAUAGUCAGAAGGUUGAAGAUGGAAGUGAAAAUAGCAAUGAGAAUUUCAACAAGAGUAAAAUUAUGAGCUCCAGUGAAGUGGAAACUUACCUGUCGGAGGCUACUAGGGUGGAGUUAUCGGAUCGGCAGUUACAGAUGCGGUUCUGUCACCGGCGGUUGAAAGACAAGGAGUUACCGUCUAAGAAGUUGCCACCUUCGCUGGAUUCUGCUACUGAUGAACUUAGAGCAGUUGCUUGUGUGGAAGCAAAGUUAGGGGAGCCUUUGAGGGAAGAUGGACCUAUUCCGGGAAUUGAGUUUGAUCCAUUGCCACCGGAUGCAUUUGGGGCACCCUUAGCUGUUGCAGAACAGCACAAGCAGUCUGGUCUUGCCUAUGACACUAAAAUAUAUAAAAGACACCAAGUUAGAACGAAUAAGGCAAUGACAAGGACAUUCCCUGAACAUACAUUUGUUCCGAACCUGCCCAGCAUUAGGUCUGACACGUUUGAGCAAUUAAGUCAACCUCAUUUAUAUGAUCCAAUGGAGGGUCCUACCAAAACUCCUCCUUUUCCGAUUGGAAAUGAUCAUCUACCUAGAAUUCAUAAUACUCGAAGCCAUUCUUCCCGUGCUCGCCAUUCUUCCCAUGCUUCUUCCCGUGCUCGCCAUUCGUCUCAACAGGAUAAGCAAGUGAAUCCCUAUAAUGAUGCGGUAUUACGGGUGGAGAAGAAACGAAAGAGUGAUGAUGCCAGAGUUGUAAAGGAAGUUGAAGCCUAUGAAAUAAGGUUGAAGAAAGAACUUGAGAAACAAGUUAUCCUAAGAAAAAAGAUUGAAGGACGGAUGAGGAAAGAAAUGGAAAGACAAGAUCGUGAGAGAAAGAAGGAAGAAGAGAGGCUGAUGCGUGAGAGACAGCGAGAAGAGCAACGAUCAAAGCGUGAGCAAAGGAUAGAACGAAGAGAAAAAUAUUUGAUGAAAGAACAUUUAAGGGGUAGAAGUGGCGAAGAUGUCAUUUCAACACUUCGUAAUGGUUCAGCAGCUGUAAGUGCAGUGGCUAAAAUGCGAGAGAAAGGUCUAUUAGCUCCUCGAAGAUCGAGACACAGGUUAACUCCAGGAACUGUUAAAUUCGCAGCAUUUCAUGUUCUCUCUCUUGAGGGCAGCAAGGGUUUGAAUGUACUAGAGCUUGCAGAAAAGAUUCAGAGUUCUGAUCGUCAUGAUCUGACGACCAGCAAAACACCUGAAGCAUCAAUUUCGGUUGCUUUGACUAGAGAUGACAAACUUUUUGAAAGGAUUACUCCAUCAACAUAUUGUGUACGAACUGCAUUUAGAAAGGAUCCUACUGACUCCGAGUCCAUUCUUUCAGAAGCAAGAAAGAAAAUCCAAAUAUUUGAAAAUGGGUUUCUAGCUGGUGUAGAUGCUGAUGAUGUUGAAAGAGAAGAGUCGGAAAGUGAUGAAGUUGAUGAGGAUCCCGAAGAGGAUGAUUUGGUUAUUCCUUCAAGUGGAAACCCAAAUUCAGAACAAUAUGAUGACAUGAACAUUUGCUCAGUAAAUGUAAAAGCAAAUUUGGGUCAUGAUGUAGACUUUAUUCAAAAUGAGCUUGAUACCGAUCUUCCUUGUUUUCCUGAGAAUAGUUCCAAGGAUGCUGAUUGUUCCAGUUCUAUCACCAGACAACCAGUUGCUUGUGAAAAUGAUCAAUUGGAAUCAGCAAAUGCUCUGAAAAAGCAAAUAUGGGCAGAAGCGCAAAUAGAUAAAGUUCAGCUAAAAGAUGAUUAUAUUGGUAAAUUAGAUUACCCGUCACUUAUUGGAAAUAACUUUGAAACACAAGACACAUAUCCUGCUGUUGAGGGAAACCAUAGCCCAUUGCUCAACAUCAAUAUUAACAAAGUUAAGAAUGAAGCAUCCCCCAGCACUACAGAAAAACAAAAAGGAGCUCCUUCUGCACAUAACCUACUUAUUGAAAAGCCAUCAACAAUUCAAGAUUUCUGCACAGGCACAGGUCCAGACAACUUUCAGACACUUAAUCUUCUGAUGGAGAGCAAUAUCCCGUGGGAUGAUUUUCAGUGCAAAGCUCACAAUAAUUUUUUCUUCUAG